AUCGGGAGUCAAGUCAGUAAAUAUCAGCACGCAGCCACUAUAUAAGCAAGUUAAGUUCACAUUUAUUUACUAUAUUUAAUACAAUAUAUACUUAAUCAAUAUCUUUCUAUCACUAAAUUGUUAGCUCAUAAUGUCUGACUUUCAUCAUACAUCCGUGAGGAUCAAUAAUACGGUAAAAAGAGUGACCAGUGACACUAAAUCCAUCGCUAACAACACCACUAACACUAAUCCCAUCACUAAUACUAAUACUAAUACUAAUACCAAACCUAUCUCGGUAAAGAAGAGUACUAACAAUACUACAACCACUAAUAAUAUACCCGUAUCAUCAAAGAAGUUCAAUCGAACCAGUUUCAAUCAUUAUCAUUCAACCAAUGGAUCUACGACCCCAGCAGUUCCAUUAUCAACAUCUCCAUCACAAGUAUAUAUUAAUCGAGAACCUCCAAUGAUUCAUAAUAAAUUAUAUUGUGAUACAUUUUCAACCAGUAAGAAAUCUAAUAGUACUAAUGCAUCAUCAGUUGUAUUAUCUAAAUUAAAUAAUCAUGAUGAUUUACGAUCAGUUAAGUCUCAUACUGAAUUAGCUGAAACAGCUAAUGGAGUUAGAAUGUUAGCUAAAAAUUUAGCUAAAGCAACUAUACAAUUAGAUGUACGAGCCAUUAUGAUUGUUACAAAAGCUCGAGAUAAUUCAUUAAUUUAUUUAACUCGAGAAAUUGUUGAAUGGUUAUUUACUCGAGAACGUGAUAUUAUAGUAUAUGUGGAUAAUAAAUUAAAUACUUCAAAACGUUUUGAUGCAUCAUCAAUUAUUGAAAGUUAUCCAAAAGCUAAUCAAUUAUUAAAAUAUUGGGAUAAAAAAUUUGCUUCUAAGAAUCCAGAAUUAUUUGAUUUAGUUAUAACUUUAGGAGGUGAUGGAACUGUACUUUAUGUAUCGAAUUUAUUUCAAAGAGUUGUACCUCCUGUUAUAUCAUUUGCAUUAGGUUCACUUGGAUUUCUUACUAAUUUUAAUUUUAAUCAAUUUCGUGAAAAAAUGAAUACUGUAGUUGAUUCAGGUGUAAGAGCUUAUUUAAGAAUGAGAUUUACUUGUCGAGUUCAUCGAGCUGAUGGGAAAUUAGUUUGUGAACAACAAGUUUUAAAUGAAUUAGUAGUUGAUAGAGGUCCAUCACCAUAUGUUACUCAAUUAGAAUUAUAUGGUGAUGGAUCUUUAUUAACUGUUGCUCAAGCUGAUGGAUUAAUUAUUGCUACUCCAACUGGAUCUACUGCUUAUUCAUUAAGUGCUGGAGGUUCAUUAGUUCAUCCAGGAGUUAGUGCUAUAAGUGUUACACCUAUUUGUCCUCAUACUUUAUCAUUUAGACCAAUUUUAUUACCCGAUGGAAUGUUUUUAAAAGUUAAAGUACCUAUGCAAAGUAGAUCUACAGCAUGGGCAUCAUUUGAUGGGAAAGUUCGAACUGAAUUAAGAAAGGGGGAUUAUGUUACAAUUCAAGCAAGUCCAUUCCCAUUCCCCACUGUUAUAAGUUCCAAGACUGAAUAUAUUGAUAGUGUAAGUAGAAAUCUUCAUUGGAAUGUUCGAGAACAACAAAAACCAUUUUCUCAUAUUAUGCCAAGAUCAGGAGAUGGUAGAUUAAGGAAUAGUAGUAGAAAUAGUAGUGAUACAUCAAGAAAUAAUAGUCAAUUAUCAAUUAAUCUUGAGAAUUUACAUAUUGGAGAUGGAGAUGAUGGACAUCAAGAAGAUUUUGAUAUUAAUUAUAGUGAGAAUGAAAAUAUUGAGACAAUAGAUAAUUCACUUACUCCAUCAGAAGAAGAAGAAGAAUUAGAAGAAUUUGAAAUCGAUGAUGAUGAUGAAGAAGAGAAUGAUUCACCAUAUAUUCCUAAACCAGGAGAAGGUAUUAAUACGCCACCUCAUUAUGAAGGAGAAGAAGAUCGUCGAGAAUGUUUUGCCCAUCCUCAUGCUAAGAUUACAUUACAUGGAAGUAGUAGUGGAAGUACAAGUAAUAGUAAUAGUAAUAGUAAUAGUAAUAGUAUUACUCGAACUAAUACUAGUACUAGCUCGAGUCAUGUGGGGAUUCUGCCAGUUAAUAAAGAUAUUAGUUCAGUCUCUACAUGUACAUCAACAUCUGGUACUGCGUUUUCAACUGGAGGUUGUAGUACUAGUGGAUCAGAUAGUUAGUUAAAGUAUUUAAUUGAAGUGGUUAGUGUUAGUGUCACAUGCACGUGUGCAUAUGACCCGGCACGUGCACUUAUCUGUCUCACAAAACAUGCGAUGGAAGUCGUGUGUCAUGCGACGGAGUUUAUUUUAUUUCUUAAUUUAGUUGCUAUAGAUAAGUCUAAAAACAAAGAAGAAACGAGAAACAAGAAAUCAGAAAUCAUAUAUGUAUAAAUGUAAAGUAACUAAGUAUAUGUAUACUAUAUAGUACAUAACCAACAAUAUUUUACUAUGAUUAACUAGUGACUAUAACACUUUUCAAACACCGAUUUCUGCAUGCAACACGUACAAAUUCCAAUUAAUUACAUAAUUAACACUUAUUUUAAUUUUUUAGUUAAUUCAUUCUCUUAUUUUUUUUUUUUUAUUUCUUUUU